AUGGGAAUAUGUAUUCGCCUACAAAUGAGGUGCAUACUCUUUCCUCUUACCAAAGGCAACAAAUACGAGGUCCAACUCAAGCUUCCAGACGUUUACGGUGUUUUCAAACUGGUCGUCGAUUACCAUCGCACAGGGUACACCCACCUCUUCACUUCUAACCAGGUUAGUCUGUUCGAUUUUAUCAUUCCGCCAGUGACCUCUUAACCCUCACAAAAACAAUUCUUUUUCGCUAGCUGUGGGCCGGCGCGUUCAUUGACAGACGCGGUUCCUGGUAAUUAGAAAGUCGACUGGUUGUUUGAGUUUGCCGUUGACAGCCCACAAUGUUGUUGUGUGCCUCCACUUGUGUACGUUAACUGAACAUCAGCGGUGGAGUCUGCAGACUUGCCAGUUUUGUCAUGUUUUCUUCCGUGCCGCCCGUUUUAGUGUUUAAUUUAUUUACUCUACCAUAGGAAAUGUGCUCCGAAGGCUAGUAUACUUAAGGAAAACUUUGUAGCUCCAGCCUGGGACUCCAUGUGGCCUGUACGUGAGUGACGUCAAACCGCGCAGUUUGUCACCUAAAAAAGAAGACUCAAGGUACUCAUGGUGGCUCAUUUCCCCCACUGCGUGUCAAUCGUCAUGCAAAGAUAGUGGGAGAAACGACCAGGGAGAACCUAGUUUUCGGCGUCGGCCACUAGAUUUGACAGUCUCAUCGAUGCCAUCAUUAGUCCCGUCUGCGUCGUUGCGCUUAGAGAUAGGAGCGCAGUAUCUUCGACGCAGUCGCGACUAGUGAACCUGAUUUGUCUAAUACAUCGUUUGAAAUAUCUGCCAAACUGGCCAGCCAGACUAACCACGUCCUGGCAAAUUUAAGGCUCCGUAUUUAGAUGCAUAAUGGCACGUGGUAUCGAGACCGGCAGCACGCACUUGUGAAUAAUUAAAAGCCCACACAAAAGACCUAGUCGAAAGCGCCUUUUGUCUUGAAGUUGGCAUCGAACAACACAGCCAGGACUCUGGAUGACGGCCUUCCUGUGCACUCAUGUUAUGAAACGGCUGUCGCUGUCGAAGGACAGUUCGUCCCAGAUGGGGCCGUCAUAGAAAACACCGAGCCCGGCUACAGCAAACAGAUGUAAGACCCCUUGGAUUCAUGCCAAUAGUUUGUCAGAAUCUGAUUUCCUGAAGCCAGCGACAGUGAGAUGAAACAGAACGCCUGUCACGCCAUGAUAAAGUCGUUUUUCAAUAAGCGGUAAACCACACAGACGGACUCUCAACCACUGUAAACAACUUUGUCCGUCUGCUUUACACUGGUCUCAGAUAUUGGAGGGUCAUUCCACUGUCUGCCACCCGUUGUCGUGCCCGACAGUGCGCAGCCAGAUCAACGGACGAAGUCAACAUGAGUGUAUCGUCCGCCGAAGGCCUCGGGAAACAGGUGUCCGGGCCCUCAUAUCGCAAGUUGUAGGCCUUCUGCACCGCGGUUAGUCGUAUGGAAAAAAAUUAAAUUUGUACUUUCAUAGACUGAUAUUGGAGUCGAUCUAACCGACCUCACUGUCCGUGGCAUUGUUAGCUGGCGCCACCUGCACUACGGCGCCGCAGAAUUAAUUACACACUCCUGGCAAUCAUGGCUUAUUUAAAGACGUUAUGGGAGUAACGCUCCCAGUUGUCUUUGGACUGACAUCCCCUCUCCCUGGUCUCGGGAGGAAAUUUUGACCGCAACCCACUUUGCCGGCCUCUGUUCCUCGAGCAUACUCCUAAUCACCACAUGAACUGCCAAACUACCCCCGAGUCACGUGUAUCUCCUAGAGCAAUUCAGACGAGAAGGUUGGAUGAUCGCCAUCGUAGUGUCCGGUUUUGAAUUAUCAGGUGAAUUGUAAGGCUUAACGCGCUCCUCGCUGGUAAUGGCGUCGAUGGGGCAUAAAACCUGCACCCCAAAAAAGACCGUGAUUUCACGCUGUCACUCACGUCAUUUAAUUGUCCCAAGACUGGUUGUGGAGAAAGGCAACGUUCAAUUACCACACUUUCCUUUACUUUAGAUUUCAGUUCGGCCGUUUACGCACACCCAGUACGAACGCUUCAUUAUUUCGGCCUACCCGUAUUAUGGAAGCGCAAUCUCCAUGAUGGCGGGAGUCUUGGUUUUCUCUUUUGUGUAUCUCUAUACGCGGGACGACAAGCUCAAGGCGGAAUAA